UUCUUUUACUUUUUUUCCCUUUCUCCAACAACCAACCGAAUUCUUCAUUACAUAAACGAAAAAGCGGCAAGAGUUCAUCGCAAGUUGCUUGUUUUAUUGAUCUUUUUUUGUCUUCGAUCACAAGAAAAUUGUCGAAUACCAAACUGAAUUCAGAGAAAGAUUCUAGGUUUCCAUGGCCACAGAGAUGAAACCCGGCGUAGUUAAGCGUGAAAACGGUGAUGGGUCUUCUCAUCGAAAGAUCGAUCCUUCUGUUAAAGACAAGAAGAAGAUCGAGAGCUCGAGUAGGCAGAACAUGACUGAAACCAAACCCAGAUCUUCUGUCUCCAUCAUCUCGGCGAAAUCUGAGGCAAAGUCGAAGACGACGAUAACUUCACCAAAAUCCGCCGUGACAACGAAGACGACGACGACAACAACAGCAACUUCAUCGUCUAAUACAAAGGUUAAAGCCAAGAGGGAGAAGAAGGUCUAUUCAUUGCCUGGCCAGAAAUACGAUGUUCCUGAAGAGAGAGAGCCCCUGAGGAUCUUCUACGAGUCAUUAUCGAAACAGAUUCCCGGAAGCGAAAUGGCAGAGUUCUGGCUAAUGGAGCACGGAAUGCUAUCCCCCGAAAGGGCAAAGAGAGCGUACGAGAAGAAGCAGAGAAAGCAGAAGCAAAUACGAAUGGGAACCCCCAUUAAGCCUCCGCCGACAUCUUCUAGCAAACCCGGGAUUUCACAUAAGACAUCGGUAUCCAAGAGCAAUCUAGACGCCCGAACAAAGAAGAAACUCAUAGUCGAUGAUGAUGAUGACUUCAUUCUUAGUCCGAAAAGAAGGAAAGUAUAAAUUAUAAAGCCGAGAAUAUCCGAAGAAGGAUCAUUUUAGUUCUUGAUGUUCGUUGAAUAAGCGAUAAAAGAUGGCAUCUCGGAUUUCUUACAAUGUUUUGCUAAGAUAAGAAUGAUACUAAGUAUCACCUUUCUUUCAUCAAGCAUUUCCUAAGAACCUGUAAUCCGGUUCACCAGUUUGUAAGACCUGAGAAGGCUUAACCGGUCUGAAAAUCCAACCGAACCGAACGGUGAUCUUAACCAAUUCCGAAACAGAUAUG